AUGCCGGAUGAAGGGCUUCGUGACUGGCUUCAGGCGAUCCAAGCGGACGACAUAGUCCAAAUCAUUCCAAAAGCUCGCCAUGGCGGAUGGCUGAAUCGCGUUUUCGAAGCCGAGAUUGUGCUGUCCGGUGUUGGAGACCAAUCUGCCCAUCAACAAAUGUCGGCUUCCUCCGAUCUCAUGAGUCCCGUAAUCCAACAAACCGGGCUUCAUACCUCAUAUGGCUCGAGGUCACACAUCUACAAGAAGCUCCAAGCCUGGCGAAAUGAUAUUCGUCUUAUCACAAUACAGCCUGCAACACCUGAGAGCCAGAUCUCCUGCUCUUUGAGUCAUGCUUCGCUUGACGAUGACCUUCACGCCCAGUAUGAGUGUCUGUCAUACUGCUGGGGAAAUUCAAGGGACACAAGGCAGAUCCGACUUCAUUACAAUGUCACAACAGGAAAUUCUUCUGCUGAGUCUAUGCUGGCUGUCACACCGAAUCUAUACGCCGCACUUGAGAGGCUUCGUAAUGACACUCGUCCCCGAAAAAUGUGGAUCGAUGCUUUGUGUAUCAAUCAAGACGAUUUGCAAGAGCGAACAGAACAGGUAUCGAUCAUGCGAGAUAUAUACGCACAUGCAUCGACCGUAAUUGUCUGGUUGGGCUACGGUAACGACUCUGUCAGAAAGGAUAUUCAAAAUGCGAACGAGGUAAUGCAACGUUAUCAUAAUGUUCGUCACAAGGAUACCACUGAUGUAGACGCCACAAAAAUGCACGCUCCGCUUCUUGACGAAGGGUACUAUCACGUGGAUGCUGAGAUCAUCUCUUGCGAAUGGUUUAGGAGGGUUUGGGUCCUGCAAGAAGUUUUCAAUGCCGCCAGUGUAUCAGUAAUGUGUGGAGACACGAUCCUGUCAUGGGCCAUGAUACUCAGAAUCAACGAAUGCUUGAACCGGUCCAUGCUCGUCCCUCAACCUCUCGCCAAGCGUGUCAUGCCAAGUCUCUUUGCACAACUCUUUACGCUUGACAGGUUCGGACCAGGUGACAAAGGACUGACCUACUCAACUCUUUCUCAGGAACUUGACAUAUUAGAUAUUUUCAUACGUGGACUCGACCUCGACGCUACCGAUCCAAGAGAUAAGGUCUUCGCCCUGCUCAGUUUUGCAAAGGAGACGUCAGAUCUCCGUCACAUUGACCCAAGUAUACGACCUGACUACAACAAAAGCCCAGCCAGGGUGUUUGCCGACUUGACUCGCUGGUGGAUAUCGACCAACAAAUCGCUUCGAGUGUUAUCAGCAACACACUUGUCUUUGGGGAGAACGUGGCAAAGACUAUCUCCUUACCAAGAUUUUAGCCAUACAACAGAGGCAAAUGGCCGCGCGAGUUGGUCAGUAUGGCAUGACGGUAAGAGUAGUUGGACAAGAGGUACAUUAGGUCUGGCUUCAUCAUGCCCUUACACUGCUUCCGGAACCCAUGGAAUGGACCUCGAUGCCCUCUGGCAACCCAACGACCCUAUGUUGUUGCGUCUUAACGGACGUCCGAUCAGCAAGAUUAACGAGAUUAGCACAUUUCCUUAUUUCCCAUUUGUCAAGCACAUAGACAACCCGGACCAUAACGCAGACAGCCCUUAUCAAGAAAUGUAUGACGCCUACGUAGCUCUCUUCGACCCUCUGAAUUGGAAAGCCACCUGGAGCUCUCCUCUUCAGCGAAACGAUUUCCUACAGUAUCAGCGACCGGACACAGAGCAUGAGACUGCUUCCAAACGUCAUGAACAUUUCGCUGCCCAUGCUCAUUGGGAUCCGCGUGCUGGAGGCUACGUAGUAAAGGACAUGGCCGUCGGCUGCCACAACCCUUGCUUUUUCCGUACGCAAGAAGGGUAUCGGGGACUCUGCCCUUCAGCGACGCGGCCUGAGGAUAUCAUUGUCGUUUUAGAGGGCGGGCAAGUGCCAUAUCUUCUUCGGCCACAACCACAGACUGGAACGGGAGAUGGAACCACUACAGCAGGUUCAAGUCAGCAAUAUGCGUUCAUUGGCGAAUGCUUCCUGCAGGGCUUCAUGCACGGUCGAGCAGUUGAUGAGCAGAAAGAUGGGCAUGACUCUUUUCCACGUCAGCUCUUUGAGCUUGUCUAG